AUGAAAUGUUCAGUAUUUAUCUCACUUAUUGCCCUCUUGGCCUUGGCUUCCUCCUUUGCUUCUGCCUAUGACCCCAGCCAUCUUCAGGAUUUCUGUGUGGGUGUCAGUGAUACCAAAUUUGGAGUAUUUGUAAAUGGGAAAUUCUGCAAAGAUCCCAAGCUUGUGAAAGCAGAUGACUUCUUCUUCCACAUAAUGGAAGGCAACACAUCAAACCCACUAGGCUCCCAAGUGACUCAAGUGUCUGCAAAUGAAUUUCCAAGACUCAAUACUCUUGCAACCUCCCUUGCUCGUAUUGAUUUUGCGCCCUAUGGUCUAAAUCCUCCCCACAUUCACUCUUGUGCCACUGAGCUACUGACCGUCCUUGAAGGAACUCUCAUGGUUGGAUUUGUGUUUUCCAAUCAAAAUGAUAAUCGCCUCUUCACCAAAGCACUCAACAAAGGAGAUGUGCUUGUGUUUCCCUUCCAUACGAUUCAUUUUCAGCUCAACGUGGGCCAUGACAAUGCUGCUGCACUUUCUACUCUCAGUAGCCAAAAUGCAGGGGUCAUUAUUGUCGCUAAGGCUGUGUUUGGAUCCACUCCUCCCAUCUCAGGUUCCCUGGCUUAUGUGGACUCCAGUGUUAUUAUAGGUCAGACCGACCAAUAUCUGAAGGAUGCUGAAAAGUAUGGAAACAUUGAAUACAUGAGGUGUACUCCAGAAAAUGGUUUCUUUUCUGAUUUACCAUUCGCUUCACGAACAGACGUAAUAUUUUUCUGUUCACCCAACAAUCCCACUGCUGCCGCAGCAACAAGGGAGCAACUAACUCAGCUAGUUCAGUUAGCCAAGGACAAUGGGUCUAUAAUUUUCUUUAAAAUUGAGGCUGGAAAUUGUGGCUACUGA